AUGAAUGAUAAAAAGCAAAAUAAUGAUAAUUUUCAUUCGAUUAAUGAUGAGAUAACCCCAACAUCAACUGAUCAAUCAAGAAUAUCGUAUGAAAAUACAUCACAAAUAACGGCAAUAGCAACAACAACAGAAACAACAGCAGCAGCAGGAGCAAUAACAGCAGCAGCAACAACAACAGCAGUAAUAACAACAGAAGAAUUAUCAUUUACUUCUAUCUCAAAUAAUAGUUAUCUUAAAUGGAAAUUAAAUUUUUCUAUUGUUGCUGGAGACGGCGUGUUUGGACAUGGCGUAAAUCAGAUUACUAUGGUUGAAGCAAUCUAUGUUGACGAUGAUAAACAAACGAUUUAUAUUGCUGCAUAUAAUACCGAUCGGAUUGCUGGAUGGAAAUUUGGUGAAAAAGGUGGUGAAAUCGUUGCUGGUGGAAAAGGACAAGGAAAUAAUUUAGAUCAAUUGAACAAUCCAUCGGAUGUAACUGUUGAUAAAAAAAAUGAUUUACUCAUUAUUUGUGAUAAAGGAAAUAAACGUGUAGUACAAUGGUCUCGUCAAAAACAAAUAGGUCCAAAAAUAAUUAUCGACAAAAUUAAAUGUCAAGGUGUAACAGCCGAUAAUAACGGAGAUAUUUAUGUUUCAGAAGGAGAAACACAUAGUGUUAAACAAUUGAAACAAGGAGAAGCAGAAGGAACAAUUGUAGCCGGUGGAAAUGGGCGUGGAUGUGAGCCGAAUCAAUUAAAUAAUCCUGCUUAUAUUUUUGUUGAUAAACAAUAUUCGAUUUAUGUAUCUGAUGAUGAAUCUGGUCGUGUGACAAAAUGGAUAAAAAAUGCAAAAGAAGGAAUUAUUAUUACUAAUGAAUCAAUUUCAGAAAAUGAUGAAUCCCAAUCGGCUGAUUCGUACGGAAUGGCUGUCGAUCAUUUUGGUAAUGUAUACGUAUCAGAAUAUAAAAAUAAUCGAAUAGUGCGCUGGUCAGAAACGUCUAAAGAAGGUUACAUUAUUAUAAAUGGAGGAAGUCUCGCACAACCACCACAGCUGUUCAGUAGUCCCACAGCUAUAUCAUUAGAUCGAAAAGGGAAUCUAUAUGUCGUUGAUCAUUUCGGGUAUCGAAUAGUGAAAUUUAAUGUUGAUGUUAACUAA